GCUCUGUGUGAUGAGAAGACAAAGCAGGCCCAGACGUCCAAACAGACUAAUGGCUCAUCACUAUCGUGUUUCUGGAAAUCAGAACACACAGCUACUGGAUCAGAGGCAACUUACAGUGUGAGAUGUACUGUAUGCAUGUACUGUAGAUGUCUCAUACGCACAUGUGCACACACAGACACGCACGCACACAAACAGGACCUGCUUCAUAGGCAGACCAUCUGUCCAUGAGGAGCGCCACUGGAGUCUUCCUCAGAGCACUUAACCACAUCUGCUGCCUGACUCAGCAAUCAAUACAUAUCUCAGCGGGCAGAGACUGCAGAGAGUUGAGGCAUAGAUAAACAUCCUUGGCCCAGACUAUUCACUGUAUAAUGAUUGCAGUGUUCAUGCUAAUAAGGGCCACAGCAAGGUUGUGGUCAUCAAUGUUCACUGUGCUCCACUCUUCUUCUUCCCUGAAUCUGCUGAUACUGAAUCAUAAUGUUUCUGAGAUGACAGUUACGGGACUGACUUUGGGGAAAAAAUAUUUUACUGUCAGAAAUUGUUAAUCUCUGUCCUUAAGGAUACAUAGGUGUGAGUAAUCUCCUAGUCUAUAUAAAAAUGCACCAUGCCACAAGACUAUGUUCACACAGAGCAAGAAUCAGUCACACUGUUCAGUGUUUAAGAUCCUUUUCUCUCCCCUCAUCUCCCUGACAUCUAACUAAGCUGUGUUGUUGCUUCCACCUUGACUCUGGGAUUGUUCAAAUGGUGGUGGUGUGUUGUGUCUGUGUGUGUUUCUGACCAGCAUCACUUUGACAGCCCCGACUAGCCUAAAUCUAUUACUGAUCCUUACCUUAACCAAUUCGAAAAUUAAAUAUCGGUUUGCACGUCAGCCACGUCCCGUUACUUUUUCCCUGACUCACACUGGGAUGCUGUGCGGCAGGUUUCUGCCAUUGGUCAGCGACCGUCUCUCUCCAGGACAUAGAUGACGUCAGCAAUUGGUGGAACAUAGUACCGGUUUCGCCACACAGUAGACCUGCGCAAGAUAAAAGCUCCACUCAGCACAUACCAAUCCCUUUGCUUCCGUGUGCGACUGGGACCAGCGCUCUCUCCAACUCGCCCACAUCCGCAAGAAGACGAACAUAACACACAGAGGACAGGAUGAGAGAAAUCGUUCACCUUCAAGCCGGCCAGUGUGGCAACCAGAUCGGAGCCAAGGUAUAAACAAAAUAAUCUUCGCAACCGCUGACUAGUUUAAUCAUGAUUAUUUAUAAUAUAUUUAUGCAAGCGCUAUUGUGCCAUUUUAAAGCAUUGUGUUGUCAUCUUUUUUUCAUGUAAUGCAUCCGUAUAUUUUUUGUUAUACCGAAGUUGUGGGGCAGCGGGUUUACUCAGUAACGUUAGGUUAGUUGAAUAGUUUGGGAUCCCCGGCUGUGUCGCAGAGUGCGAAAGAGAUGCGUAGUUCGGGUAGAUGGAACUAAUCUCAGAGACGAGAGAAGAAACGAGGCAUUUCAGUCGCUCCUUUUUUCUGGUUCAUACACAGUCAAUAGAGUAAACAGACCUGACCCAGAUGCUAUCGCAUUGGUGCCUAUGGGAAAGCCCACACCUUAAGCAGACCGGAACUGUGACCAUUUGUUUUAAUGGUAAACGGCCAGAGAUCCACCAUCUUUUGUAAACUGCGAGUGUAUGAUGCACAGAAAGGCGUGGUGAGACACUGUUGAAAACCACCACGCCCUCGGGUGGACUGUAGGGGGGCCAGACAAAGGCUCGGACUGUUGGGGCUGGUCCCGCUGCGCAAACACUCCACUGAGGGCCCGAGCACAAUUUACAGGCCACUGUCACAAUGACAAGUAUAGCUCUUUUUCUCUAAGCAGCCUGCCAGUCUCCAGUAGAUGUGGUAGUUAAUAGCCUAUAUAGAUAUACCUAUGACAUAUUUGACUUAGCAGCAAACUGAAUGGAUCAGUUCAUCAAAGUUUUAUUAAUGGAGGAUCAAAUGAUGAUAACUGGACCUAAGUUACCACUGCAUAUAGCCUACAAUCGCACUGACUAGUGGUUUGGGUUGCUGUCAGGUUUGAUGGUCUAUUAGACAGGGAGUCUUCAGGAAGGAUAUUGCCUAAAUGCUGAAAGCUUUUCUGUCUAAAGCUGUAAUGCAUUUGUUUACAGUGUGUGACUGAGGUAGUGUUUUAGCCUACAGUAGACAGCUUCUUAUUUUGUUGCUGCUCUGUUUUGGAUGACAUCACCUGCACUUACAGCCAAUCAGGUGAUGUUGUAUGUGUCCAUCUAAAACUAAACAGGUCUACAGUUCUUCCCCUCCUUUGUUGUAUUUUGACCAUCUGGGGAUAGCCUACAUUAUUUCUCUAUGAUCUAUGAUCCUCUAGCGGAGCUGGAGACUAUUUAUCAUGGAUUUGUUCAGCAUGGUGGAUCAUAUAUGGUAAUAUUUUCUGAGUGAAAGCCAUAGGGGUGCUAAUGAUACUGUUUUAUCAGCCUGAUGAUAGCAUUUAUUAUUCAUAACAUUAAAGGCAGCCUUUUCUGAGCCUCAGUAGUGAUUUCGGACAGCUACGUAACCACCUCCUCCUCAUCAUCAUAAUCACCAUUACCCAGAACCAAAUUUACAACUACAGCAUCAGCUGGAACAUACUUGUUUGACCACAGCUGAACAAGUGAAUGUGUCAUGUAUCCACUUUCCUUCACUCCCCUCUGGAGUAUUUUACUGGUGACUCAUCUCGUUUGCUGAUUCUGACCACCAUUUCUCUAAUGGGGCAGUUGUUGGGAAAAUGAGUUGUUCAUAAUGCUCAGGUUACUCCCAACAAAGAGAAACCCAGAGAGAUGGGGGGGAAGAGAAUGUGUUGGGAGUGGGACUUUUUGUCAUCUGAUAUACUGCAAUGGUGACGUCAUUCUGAUGCUCAACUAUGAUAUGGCAGUCUGUCUACUAGCACCACACAUCUGCCACAUUCAGUUAUCAGACGACCCCCCAUAUAUUUUAUCAGGACAUACACACUACACCCACUUUAAGCGUGAUCUUCUAGACUGUAGUGACAAUGAGUUAUCAUCUACCAUUGCUAAUGCAGUACAGGAUGAAGUCAGAUGAAAACAGAAGAAAUCUACACUUUUGCCAGGGUAGCUACAGUAACUGAGAAUGAGACAGCAAAAAUUCCCUACAAACUCUUUAGGCAUCUAACUCUCUAUUUUUCUAACGCUGUCUAGCGGUUUCCCUUUUAUUCUCUUACAGUCUCUCCCUUUCUUAUUUAUUUCCUGUUUCUUUGUUUGUCCCCUAGAAGAGAUAUUGCCAGAUUGGGUUACAGAGCCAUAAUUUAAAGAACAAGAGGAACUCCUAAUUACUGAUUUAGAUGGCAGGGGACAUCUGUUUGGGACAGGAUAGAUAAUUAGAGAACUAAGGAGCAUCUUCUGUAGAGGAUAGAAAGGAAGGGAGGGAGGGAAAGGAAGGGAGUACAGCACCUGGGGAGAGGAAGGGGGACACCAUUGUUCGGAGCUCAGACCUAAGAUGGUCUUCAUACUGGGUGUGGUGCCCUUGGUCACAGCAGUCUGGACAGAGGGAUGGAGGAAAGGUCACUGACACCAUAUGGGAUUAAUGCCACUCCAUCUGGCUGGCUGUGACACAGAUAUGGGAUUAACAAACUGUCACCAAUAUGGGAUCAAUAUGGGGCUUUUUUUUACAGUAUAUUUUUAGUGUCUUUGUGUCUUUUAGUGAAUGCCCAGAUGGUGUUUUUUGCUUAAAUUAGAACAGCACUGUGCAGAUAAGGACCUUCUCUUGCAUAGUAAUGAGAACAAUAUCUGAGAUUAGCACAGUAAAAUUGACAAUAUCUAAUCUGUGAUCUGAUAUGUCCAUUUGGCAUCCUCCUUCCAGUGCAUGUCCUGUGUUUGCCCUUGAUAGUGAUGACUGUGUCUGUGUGUGGGCCUGCGGGGGUCUGUCUGUGUUCUAUUUUAGACUUUCAUAGGGCUCUCUGGGGCUUUCAUUGACCUCAAAUCAAAUCAAAUUUUAUUGGUCACAUGCGCCGAAUACAACAGGUGCAGACAUUACAGUGAAAUGCUUACUUACAGCCCUUAACCAACAGUGCAUUUAUUUUUAACAAAAAAAGUAAAAAUAAAACAACAACAAAAAAAGUGUUGAGAAAAAAAAGAGCAGAAGUAAAAUAAAGUGACAGUAGGGAGGCUAUAUAUACAGGGGGGUACCGUUGCAGAGUCAAUGUGCGGGGGCACCGGCUAGUUGAGGUAGUUGAGGUAAUAUGUACAUGUGGGUAGAGUUAAAGUGACUAUGCAUAAAUAAUUAACAGAGUAGCAGCAGUGUAAAAAGGAUGGGGUGGGGGGGCAGUGCAAAUAGUCCGGGUAGCCAUGAUUAGCUGUUCAGGAGUCUUAUGGCUUGGGGGUAGAAGCUGUUGAGAAGUCUUUUGGACCUAGACUUGGCACUCCGGUACCGCUUGCCGUGCGGUAGCAGAGAGAACAGUCUAUGACUAGGGUGGCUGGAGUCUUUGACAAUUUUGAGGGCCUUCCUCUGACACCGCCUGGUAUAGAGGUCCUGGAUGGCAGGAAGCUUGGCCCCAGUGAUGUACUGGGCCGUACGCACUACCCUCUGUAGUGCCUUGCGGUCGAAGGCCAAGCAGUUGCCAUACCAGGCGGUGAUGCAACCAGUCAGGAUGCUCCCGAGUGGCGCAGUGGUCUAAGGCACUGCAUCGCAGUGCUAGCUGUGCCACUAGAGAUCCUGGUUCAAAUCCAGGCUCUGUCGUAGCCGGCCGCGACCGGGAGACCCAUGGGGCGGCGCACAAUUGGCCCAGCGUCGUCCAGGGUAGGGGAGGGAAUGGCCGGCAGGGAUGUAGCUCAGUUGGUAGAGCAUGGCGUUUGCAACGCCAGGGUUGUGGGUUCGAUUCCCACGGGGGGCCGGUAUGAAAAAUAAAAAAUAAUGUAUGCACUAACUGUAAGUCGCUCUGGAUAAGAGCGUCUGCUAAAUGACUAAAAUGUAAAUGUAAAAUGUCUCUCUCUGUCUCUCUCGCUCUGUGUCUGAUACACACACUGGCCUAUACACUCAGUGACAGUAUACACAUUUGAAGUGAUCAAGGGGACUUCAUUAGGUAGUGUCCUCUUUUGUCUUUUUACCUAGCAACACACUUCCUGUACGUGUGGGUGUGUGCAGGCAUAUAUAAAUAGAUAUGUGUGUGUGUGUUGUAGCAGAGAGAGCCUCUCCAGAUGUAGUCUGGCCCCUCUGAGAGGGCCUCUACCUCAGUAUGAGUCUAGCGCCCUGAAGCACUGGGGGAGGGUGGGGACAGAGCUGGACUAACCGUUGGCUUAAAUGAGGUCAUGGAUCAAUGGAGCAGAACCCAGGACGGAUGGCAGACAAAGCCUAGACGCCCACUAUCCCAAUUUACAUUGGCCCACACUCCUAACAGUUUUUACUAGAGCCCCCCAUUAAUUUCACCUCCAAGUACCCCAGUGAUAGUUCAAUAUGGUCCCGACUAUAAAUCUGCUGAGAAGUUUACAUCCACUGUGCUUGUAUAAAAUGGUGUUACUGCUAAUGUUUGUGUCUGUGUAUUGUACAGUUCUGGGAGGUGAUCAGUGAUGAACACGGCAUCAGCCCUACAGGGAACUAUGAGGGCGACUCCCCACUGCAGCUGGAGAGGAUCAGUGUCUACUACAAUGAGGCCUCAUGUGAGUCUGAUACUGUAACUCAUACUAAAUACACAUCUACACAAGCUCAAAAACAACACAACACUGCAAGCUCUGUUGCUCAAUACUUGUAAUGGCCUGUUUCACUCUCUCACUCUUUGGUGUUUAUCUAGACUUGAAAAUAUCCACUUGAAUCCUAUUGUACUGAACUUGACUGUGAUAUACAGUAGUAUUUAUUAGGGCAUUGCAGGUAACAACAUCUGCUGUCUCUCCCAGCCUCUAAGUAUGUCCCCAGAGCUAUCCUAGUAGACCUGGAGCCAGGAACUAUGGACAGUGUUCGCUCUGGGACCUACGGACAACUCUUCAGACCAGACAACUUCAUCUUCGGUCAGUGUCUGUCUAUCCAACAUGGGUUAAAUAUGGCCACCGUGCUCAGUGAUUGCAUUAAGAGGAUGGUUGGCAGUAACAGUCAAUCUGCCAUUUACAGUCUCUUCCGUCAUUAUCAGUAACAACAUAAAUAGUCUGAUGUAAUAUUUCCAUUAAAGACAUUUGCGUUUACUUAUGGUAAAUGCUCCCAAAUGUCAUAAAAACAUUAUGUAAAUGUGUAGAUCCUGUACAAAUGCACUGUUGAUAACUGCUGAAGUGCUAUCUUGAAGUGUGUUGUGUUGCUCUAUAGGUCAGAGUGGAGCUGGUAACAACUGGGCUAAGGGCCACUACACAGAGGGGGCAGAGCUGGUGGACUCAGUACUGGACGUAGUCAGGAAGGAAUGUGAGAACUGUGACUGUCUCCAGGGCUUCCAGCUCACCCACUCCCUGGGAGGGGGCACAGGCUCCGGCAUGGGGACCCUGCUCAUCAGCAAGAUCCGGGAAGAGUACCCUGACCGCAUCAUGAACACCUUCAGCGUGGUGCCCUCCCCUAAAGUAUCAGACACAGUGGUGGAGCCCUACAACGCCACCCUGUCCAUCCAUCAGCUGCUGGAGAACACAGACGAAACCUACUGCAUUGACAACGAGGCUCUUUACGACAUCUGCUUCCGCACGCUCAAGCUCCCCACACCCACCUACGGAGACCUCAACCACCUGGUGUCGGCCACCAUGAGCGGUGUUACUACCUCCUUCCGCUUCCCCGGCCAGCUCAAUGCUGACCUCCGCAAACUGGCUGUCAACAUGGUGCCCUUCCCCCGCCUGCACUUCUUCAUGCCUGGCUUCGCCCCCCUCACGGCGCGUGGCAGUGCGUGCUACAACGCACUGUCCGUGCCCGAGCUUACCCAGCAGUUGUUUGACGCCAAGAACAUGAUGGCCGCUUGCGACCCGCGUCACGGACGCUACCUGACCGUGGCCAUGGUGUUCCGUGGUCAGAUGUCCAUGAAGGAGGUGGACGAACAGAUGUUGGCCAUCCAGAGUAAGAACAGCAGCUACUUCGUCGAAUGGAUCCCCAACAACGUCAAAGUGGCCGUCUGUAACAUCCCGCCCCGCGGUCUCAAGAUGUCUGCCACUUUCAUUGGGAACAACACGGCCAUCCAGGAGCUGUUCAAGCGCAUCUCCGAGCAGUUCACCGCCAUGUUCCGCCGCAAGGCCUUCCUGCACUGGUACACCGGAGAGGGCAUGGACGAAAUGGAGUUCACUGAGGCAGAGAGCAACAUGAACGACCUGGUGUCAGAGUACCAGCAGUACCAGGACGCCACCACCGAGGAGGAGGGAGAGAUGUAUGAAGACGAUGAGGAAGAGUCGGAGAGCCAGGCCCGGUGA